AAUACUCCUUAGAUCGAACGCACCCGUGUUUCGCCUUCAUAGAGGGAGCUUUUCAGGUUUGUGUGAAGUUGUGAAAAGUUGUCAACCUGAAAAAAGACCAGAGAAACUCCUCCCGUCUUCAAAUUAUGAGCAAUCAGCAGCAGGGUGAAAUGGCCGCUGCGGAGAGCGGCGGAGGCUUCAGUCAAAAGCGAAACACAAACUGCCAAGACUCGCAGCAACCGUCUCCUCUUGCCUUGUUGGCGGCCACAUGCAGUCGAAUUGACACACCAGGGGAGAAUGAUUCACCUGCAGACCAACAGCAGCAGAACCAGCAGCAACAGCUGGACCUAAAUCCAGGUGUAUUCACCUCCAAUGCUAACGGCUGGCAGGUUAUUCCUCUCGGCGUUCAAGCAUCCUCAGGCACUAACACUGUCACUACUGACUCGCCAGGGGUGAUGACAGGAGGAGAGACAGGCAAGACCAGACAGGUGCUCUCACACUCUGCAGCUACUGCAAGCAACCAAGGACAGCAGCAGCCACAGCAAUAUGUAAUAGCUCAGGCUCCAUCCAUGCAGGGUCAGCAGUUGCUUACCACUAUAUCGGGUGUGAUGCCCAACAUUCAGUACCAGGUUAUUCCCCAGUUUCAGACAGUAGAUGGCCAGCCACUACAGUUUGCACACCCUCAGCAGGAUUCAGCCAUACCUGCUGUGACUGCAGCAGGGCAACAGUUUCAGAUAGUAUCCUCCCCUAAUGGCCAGCAGAUCAUAGCCACCGCCAACAGAGCAGGUGCCACAGGCAACAUUAUUACCAUGCCUGGUCUCCUACCAGGAGCCAUCCCGAUACAAAAUAUAAGCCUAGGCAAUGGCGUAAUACAAAAUCAGCCCCAGUUUCUGGCAAAUAUGCCUGUUUCACUAAAUGGAAACAUCACUUUGCUUCCUGUUAGCACUGCAACAAGUGGUGCAGGGGGAGAUGCAAAUAUUGGAGGGGAAACAGGAGGAAACCAACUUAUGCAGCAACAGCAAUCACAGCAGCCAGUGUCUUCAAACAGCGGGGCAGGUUUCAUGACAAGUGCAUCCACUGUCACAACACAGACGACCUCUUCUUAUGGUAUUACACAGACACAUAAUAGCAACGGGGCAGUGACUGGCACAUUUCAUCAGAACACAGUAGCUUCUCUUGGUGUCCCAAUACAACAAGACCACAGAGAUGGCCAACAGCCACAGCAGAUACUUAUUCAACCGCAGCAGGUUAUCCAAGGUGGAACACCCCUCCAGACCAUUCAGGCUGGUACUGUCCCGGCUGCGGGUGGUCAGGUAUUCGCUACUCCAACACUGAGCCAAGAAGGGUUGCAAAACCUUCAGAUCAUGCCAAACACAGGCCCUAUCUUCCUGCGUACUGUAGGCCCCAAUGGCCAGGUGAGCUGGCAAACCCUUCAAAUACAAAAUCCAGCGGGAGCGCAGAUCACACUGGCCUCAGUGCCGACUCUCCCACAACUUAGCCAGGGGGCCACUGCAGCUGGAGGAGUAUCUGUCAACACAGUGCAGAUUCCGGGACUCCAGACGAUAAAUCUGAACUCACUUGGAGGAUCUGCGCUACAGAUGCACCAGCUACAGGGUGUUCCCAUCACCAUCACCAAUGCCCCGGGAGAGCAGGCACUACAGACUGGUGGGGAAAGUUUGGAUGAUAGCACAGCUAUUGAUGAUGAGGACAUUAGCCCACCGCCUCCAGGACGACGUAACCGAAGGGAAGCCUGUACCUGCCCAUUCUGCAAGGAUGGGGAAGGGCGUGACCCAACCAAAAAGAAGCAGCACAUUUGCCACAUCAGUGGUUGUGGAAAAAUCUACGGCAAGACAUCCCACCUGAGGGCUCACCUUCGCUGGCACACAGGAGAACGGCCCUUUGUCUGUGGCUGGCCUUUCUGUGGCAAACGAUUCACCCGUUCAGAUGAGCUUCAGCGCCAUAGGAGAACACACACAGGUGAGAAGAAGUUUGCCUGCACAGAGUGUCCCAAACGUUUUAUGCGCAGCGAUCACUUGUCAAAGCACAUCAAGACCCAUUUAAACAAAAAAACACCUGUCACCACGAGCAGCUCUACAGUCUCAACUGGCACCACUUCACCUGCAGCUGGAACAGAAGCUGGAACUGGAGCAGUGUCAGCCAAUGACCAGCAUACCAUUGUCACCAUGGAAACCUUAUCUCCAGAGAGCAUAGCUCGAUUAGCCAGCAGUGGGAUCAACAUGAUGCAGGUGGACCUUCACCAGAUUAAUGGCAACAGCUAUUAGGAAAAGGAAGGCUUCCUUGGUGAAGGCUGCUUUUAGACAUUUGGGGUUAAAAGGGGCACAUCUCACUGUGCACACAAAACUCAAAUGCUUCAAACAAGAGAACUGGUCAUCUGCAGCAGCAGAUUCUAUAUAAUUUUCAUUUUGUAUUUACAUAUCUGUGGUAUUUAAGGGUUGGAGGUGGGUGAGUGGUACGAUGUUAAAAAAAAGUCAUUAAAUUGUAUUUCCCCUAAAUAGAAAUGACACUACACUAACAUUUGUCCCACGUAAAAAGCCCAAAUUAGUUGAUUGUAAUAGAACACACAUACCAACACACUUAACAUUGGCUUGGUGGCAAGUAAUGUUGUCUACAAGCUUCUUUAGUACAGAGAUGACACUACGUCAGACUUUUACCCUAGUGACCUGGUUUGUGAGCUUUGCUUCUUGUCCCUCUCAAACUGGACUGAUGUAUCAAGGAAUGCCCUUCGUUGCUAUUUUAUGUCACAGUAGCCCAUAAUGAGCAAUGUGCCUGUUAAACUUAGUUACAACCGUAUGAUGUGAAUAUAUUGAAGUAAAAGUCCCUUUUUUUACGUGCAAAAUGUCUUUAACAAGGUUCAGAGGAGGGUUGGAAUACAUGAGGCCACGGCCAGGGCAGAGCCAGAAGCACUAAUCAAUGUGAAGUAAAUGUAUUGGGGCACUGAAUCCUAUAGGUACACUCAUUUAAGCCAUCAUGCUUUACCAUAAGCAAAAAGUUUUUUUUAUGUAUAUAUAUUUUUUGGUAACAUAGAGGAUACGUCUGUUAACUUAGGAAGAAGCCUCUUAUAUGAAUGCAGGAGAUUGCCUUUCAAUUGUAUGGCCCUUUCAUGCACAAUCAAUCUUAACCAUAUGUUACAUAUAUAUAUAAAUAUGUAGAUUAAAUGUGUCAACAUAAGAACCUGCCUGUCAUGGAGUAAUGUAUUCUACAUGGUCUAGAUCGUCCUACUACUUUUUCUAUUCUAAUUAUCAUCUGAGACUUUGCCUUGCAGUUGCUUCAGUUUGACCUUUUUUACUUGCACCAUAUCUAAUGGAUUUUUGUUGUAAUAAUGCCCAGACAGCAUAAACAUGUAAGCUCAAAACCAAAGGUUCACACUCAUUUUAUGAGAAGAGGAUAUUGUUCUGUGGUCCAUCAACUUUUCUCAUUUUUACUUAUAUUCAAGUUCUAACUGUAAAGACCCUGUUAAAAGUAAACUUCGGACACAACUCCUUUUGUUAAAAUAAUGCUAAAUGUAUUAAGGGUGACCUGGUAAUUAAGUCAGCUAUUUUUAAAAGGUGCUUCUCACCACUGUGGAAAUACUUUUCUUCGUGCUUUGAGAAACAGGUGUGUAAUGUUUGUUAAAUAUGUUCAUUUGAAUGUAUAUACUUCAUGAAUAUAGAUUCAAAGUAUAUACGAGUUCAUCAAACAAGUGCCCUUACUUUCCCCUGCUUUAAAUAAGGGAUUUUAUAUUGUAUGUAUACAACUCCUGCAUAUGCCAACAGCUGGAUUAAAAUUAUGAUUAUACAUUG